ACAAAGGAGGCGGCCAUUUUAUUGCUGGUUGUCGAACGGGGGUGAAGCUGUGGCUAAGUGCCCAGUAGCAUUGUUGUAUUUUUAUUGAGUUAUUUUUCUAAACAUCCGUUCUUUAACAACGUACAAAACCGUAUACGUACUUAGAGUAAGCUUAGGUGUAUUUAUGUAUUGAGUUGGAAGAAGCAAAGCAAUGGACGAUCCAAAUAGGAUGAUGGCGCAUAGCGGCGGGCUUAUGGGUCCGCAGGGCUACGGCUUGCCUGGCGGCGAGGGAACUCCAACCGCAGGCGAAGGCGAAGCUCGCAAGCAAGACAUUGGUGAAAUAUUACAACAGAUCAUGAAUAUUACAGACCAAAGUCUCGAUGAAGCGCAAGCGAGAAAACAUACUCUCAACUGUCAUAGAAUGAAGCCUGCCCUAUUUUCAGUGUUGUGUGAAAUCAAAGAGAAAACAGUGCUGUCCCUUCGUAACACUCAAGAGGAGGAGCCCCCAGAUCCUCAGCUGAUGCGCUUAGACAACAUGCUUAUAGCUGAGGGGGUUGCUGGCCCUGAAAAGGGUGGUGGUGCGGGCGCUGCAGCUUCGGCCUCAGCUGCUGCUGGUGAAUGGGACAAUGCAAUCGAGCACUCGGACUACCGUGCGAAGUUGGCGCAGAUCCGCCAGAUCUAUCAUCAAGAGCUGGACAAGUAUGAGAAUGCUUGCAAUGAGUUCACCACUCACGUGAUGAACUUACUGCGCGAGCAGAGCCGCACCAGACCUAUCACACCUAAGGAAAUUGAGCGCAUGGUGCAGAUCAUCCACAAGAAGUUUAGCUCUAUCCAGAUGCAGCUGAAGCAAUCCACCUGCGAGGCCGUCAUGAUACUGCGCUCACGUUUCCUGGACGCGCGUCGCAAGCGCCGCAACUUCAGCAAGCAAGCGUCGGAGAUCCUCAACGAGUAUUUCUACUCGCACCUGUCCAACCCUUACCCCAGCGAGGAGGCGAAAGAGGAGCUGGCGCGGAAGUGCGGCAUUACCGUGUCCCAGGUGUCGAAUUGGUUCGGUAACAAGCGCAUUCGUUACAAGAAGAACAUCGGCAAGGCGCAGGAGGAGGCCAACCUGUACGCCGCUAAGAAAGCUGCCGCUGCAGGCGCGUCGCCGUACUCGAUGGGCGCGGCGUCGGGCACGGCCACGCCGAUGAUGUCGCCGGCGCCGACGCAGGACUCCAUGGGCUACUCGCUGCCGGCGCCAGGCUACGACCAGCCGCAGCCCAGCUACGACGGCUCCAUGGGCUACGACCCCAUGCACCAGGACCUGUCGCCGUAGGCGCACCGCCGCACCCGAACCUCAGGUUACGGGCAUGACACAUGAAUUGUGCAGCUUCCACAGAAUUGCCAUUUACAUUUACUAUUAUUAUGUUAAGUAGGUCAGACUAUACUUACGACCGCUAACGUACCGCGCGACACCGGCCCGCGCGCCUAGCCUUAGACCAUAGGACAUUGUAUACUACACGAUAUACCUUAGACUACAUAAUAUUACUAGCGAUAUUUUUGGAAGGAAAUGUAAUGAAUCGUAUUUUCAUUUGUAUUACAAACUAUACGACUGGCACCCA